AUGGCGCAGACCAAUUCUAACAGCAACCCACUUCUGAUUCAAAAUCUGUUCGGAGUCCAAGGCCGGAUCGCCGUUGUCACUGGGGGCGGUAAAGGACUCGGCGAAAUGAUGGCCCACGCAUGGGUGGUCAACGGAGGACAUGUCGUUAUUACUGCUCGCAAUGAAGAGACCUGUGAGCGGCUCAACGAACUGGGCACCGGAAAAGCUGAGUUUAUCGUUAGCGAUCUAUCAUCGAAGGCGGGCUGUGCGGCCUUGUGCGACGAAGUGAAGAAACGAUUCGAGAAAAUUCAUGUCUUGGUCAACAACUCUGGAAUAGCCAUCCCCGGGCAAUUCCAUCAGUACCCUGAGAAAGAUUGGGAUGAUGUGUUCAAUCUGAAUGUCAAGUCUAUCUUUUACAUGACUGCUGAGCUUACCCCAUUAUUAGCCAAAGAUGCCACAAACUUGGAUCCCGGGAGAGUCAUCAUCAUUGCUUCGGUGCAGGCCUUCAACAACCAAAGCGACUUUGGAGAUCGUGGACUCUGGUCAUAUAGCACCAGUAAAGCCGCUGCAGUCUCUUUGGCAUCUAACCUCGCAGUCACGCUCGGUCCGAAACUUAUCUCCGUUAAUGCGAUUUGUCCAGGUUUAUUUCCCUCCGACAUCAACCAAAGUAUUCGUGAUCAGGCAGAUCAAUUAGCCCAUAGCUUACAUCCGAUGGGUCGCUAUGGAGGAGUAGAGGACAUGGCCGGUGUCUUCCUGUUCUUGGCCAGUCGAGCGGGAGCACAUAUAUCAGCAAAUGCCAUCUUGUCUGAUGGUGGAAUCACGGCUGCUGGUACUAACUUAUCACAGUCCAUCGCGGCUGCAUUUGGGCCGAAACCUUGA